AUGGCUCCUGAAGAAGUGAGAAAGAUCACAUACCCUGUAAAACCUAAUUCUUAUCAAAUCCUCCAUGAAAUUGGCAGUGGUGUUAGCGCAGUCGUCUACAAAGCUGCCUGCCUCCCUCUAAACUCUUCAGUCGUGGCUAUAAAAGCCAUUGAUCUUGAACGCUCUCGUGCAAAUCUUGAUGAUGUUCGUCGUGAAGCAAAAACCAUGGCUCUCCUCUCUCACCCUAACAUUCUUCGCGCUCACUGCUCUUUCACUGUCAACAGUCAUUUGUGGGUUGUGAUGCCUUUUAUGGCUGCUGGCUCAUUACACUCUAUUAUCUCUUCUUCGUUUCCUGAUGGACUCUCUGAGCCUUGUAUUGCCAUAAUCUUGAAGGAAAUUCUUACUGCACUUUCUUAUCUACAUAACCAAGGCCAUAUUCAUCGUGAUAUCAAGGCUGGAAAUAUUUUGGUUGAUUCAGAUGGUACUGUCAAGCUUGCAGACUUUGGUGUCUCUGCUUCCAUAUACGAAUCUCACUCUUCGUCCUUGUCUUCAUCAUCUUCUUCAUUUCUGACCGAGUUGGCAGGUACUCCAUACUGGAUGGCACCUGAAGUCAUUCACUCCCAUAUCGGCUAUGGCAUCAAGGCCGACAUCUGGUCCUUAGGUAUAACAGCAUUAGAGCUCGCCCAUGGCCGCCCUCCACUCUCUCAUCUCCCAAUAUCCAAAUCUUUCAUGAUGAGGAUAACAAACCCUCUAAAGCUUGAAGACACUCACGACACCAAGAAGAAGAAGUUCUCAAAGGCAUUCAAGGACAUGGUAUCUUCUUGCCUCUCUCACGACCCUUCGAAGAGGCCAACUGCAGAUAAACUCCUUCGCCAUCCCUUCUUCAAGAACUGCAAAUCCUCUGAUUAUCUCGUCAAAAACAUCCUACAAGUCGUUCCCUCUGUAGAGAAAAGAUUUGCUGAUCAAAUUACAAAUAUCGACAGGGAUGAGAGCUUGAGCCCAGUUGUUAAGACUCGGAGGGUGAGCGGAUGGAAUUUCAAUGAGGAUGUUCUCGAACUAAGUCCAGUGUAUCCCAAGCAAGAUAAAGAAGUGGAGAAGGAAAAAAGUGAAGAUUUGAAGGAGAGUUUGGUGCCGAAUUUGGUGUAUCUUUUGGGGAGUUUGGAUGUGCAGAGAGGGAUGGUGAUGAAUGUGUUGGCUUAUUGUGGAGGAGAGAAGAAUGAAAAGAGUGAGAAGAAUGAGAAUGCGAGGGAGGGGAGAGAGAGUCAGUUGAUGGGGGUUGUGGGGAGAUUGCAGCAGACUGUGGAUGAGUUGAAGAUGGAGUUGCAGAGAGAAAUGAAGAAGAAUGCAGACUUGGAGAAGACUAUGGAGAGUCUCAAGAAGAAGAACAAUGAGUAGCAUAGUAGCAGGAUAAAGAUAUCAGUGACUAGCUUCAUAAAAUCUUGUUUAGUUUCUGUUUUCUUAGAGAAGGCUUCACGAAAAUUCCAUGGUAAUUUCUCUAAAAUUUAGUAGUAAUGACUAUAUAUUGUGGAAAAUUUGGGAACAAUC